CGUAAGUUCUUGGUUUCGUAUUUUACUUAACGCUUUGUUUUUUUAUUUAUUAAAAGCCUUCUUCGAAUUUGUAUCACCGAAUUUUUAUUUUGGAUUAGUUCAUUGGUAUGAAUGUUAAACCAAAACCUGACGAAUGUCUUCCAGAAAUUUGUUGAUGUGUCUGGUCGGAUAUUUGACGGCGAGCUCUAUGGUUGUGAAUGUUGUUUGUAUUUUGUGUGUUAAAAUAAGUAUUCCAGCACCAUGCAUGAACUCUUGAAGCACGUACUGACCGAAAGGGACCUUACGAGAGCUGGCGAUAUUUUUGCUAUACCGGAUUCUGAGAUUGUUGACGAUCUAAAUGAAGUGUUAAAACAAAUAACAGAAGUCUCAUCCCGACCUGAUUACGUCCGCAACGACAGGGAUCAGGCCCUCAUAGAGAUAUGCGUGACGCGAGUUACGUCAUGUAUCAAGGAGACAGGAACAUUGGACAAAUACUGCGCAGCUCUAGUGGCACUAUUGGAGUCAUGCCUGCACCAUAACUUGAUGCCAUUAGGGCAUUUAAGAGAUGAUGAUCCACCUCAUGCAAAGAUUGCUUCUGAUGUCAUUGCUUGCAUUGUAUUGGUAUCGUUUCCACUUCAAUCGGACACGGAAAACUAUGGCAACAAGAAUGUAAUGGAGCUAUUCCUCCCCGUCGCAGUACAGUUCCUGCAUAAAGGCAAUCGGGAGAUAUCCAGGCACAUGGCUCGAUAUCUGUCAUUAGCCGCUGUACAUCAUGCAGUGCUACUCAAGCCUCACGUUCAAACGAUUAUGGACUCUAUAAUGUCCGGUAACUAUCCUCUGUGCCGAAUACUAACGAAUCUAUACGAAGUAUCCCCCGAGCCGCUGGAGGGUCACGCGACCGCCCUGGUGUCGCUGCUGCCCCACGCGGAACAAGUCGAGAAGAACUCGCUGUUCGCGCUGUUCGAGCUGAUCGCCGCGCGCAAGCCCGACGCCCUGCGGACCUGCGUGCCCCAGCUGCUGUCCUACCUGUGCCCCAGCACCGCCCGCCCCGACGAGCCCGGCUGCAUGUGUGUGGACAUCGUGCAGGUGAUGGCGUGCGUGAGCCGCAGCCGCGCGUCGCUGCUGAGCGAGCAGGGGCCCGCCCUGGCGCGCGCCGCCGCCCCCCCGCACGCCCCGCCCCGCCUCGUCGCGCUCGUCGCCGCGCUGCUCACGCGCAUCGGCUACACGCACCGGGAGCGAGCUCAAGAAGCCCUGAACUUCAUACUGGAGAAGCUGUCGACUGCGGACCGCGCGCAGCAGGCGGUGCUCAUGAGGGAGGCCACGUCGCUCUGCAGCGCAUUCCCCGCUCUGUUCACCGACAAACUGCUCACCGCCGUCAGGGCCAAUAAUACCACUCGUCCUAAAUCAGCGAUAUCUCACAGUGAAGUCAACCGUACAUCAGGCGGCGUUACCAUCGUCAAGCUGGGGGGACCGCAGAGUGCCCCCGCGCCGCCCCCCCCGGUGACCCCCGCGCCCCCCGUCGCCCCCCCGGCGCCCCCCGCGGCCGGGUACACGCGGCGCGCCAAGCUCGGGGACUCGCGCAGUACUGGACGACUGCACCCAGGACCUAACUCACAUCGAAGCAUGACCAGGCUGAAUGUAGCGGGCGGCUCGGUCGGAGGACUCCACAAGAGCAUGACCCGGUUGUCGUCGUCGCAGCAGAUCAACUUGCAGCAGCAGAACAGCGCCAGCAGCACCGUCACGACGAAUGGCAAGCCCGGUGUCUGCACGUCCAGCGUUGCGGCCAACAAGACUGCCAACACUCCCAGACAACACCACCAUCACAAUAUCGUUAUCGGAGCUCCACCUAACACGACAAACGGUCCAACGAUCAUCACUAAUCCACCGCACCAACCGCAAUCGAUAUCGGUAAACCCGCUCACCGGAAAAUCUUCCGACGCUCUCACUCCCUCCGUAUCGAUCCAGCACUCGAACAAUGCACUGGGCCACGUUUCCAUCAUCACCUCCACGGCCAAUUCCCCGCCGUGCUCCAACCCUAAUUCUAUAUCGAUAACCGGACCGGUGACCGUGACGUCACGCCGCGCGAACAACACUAGUGUGACCAUGAUCAACGGAGCGAACAACACGGACAAUUCAAACCACAGGAUCAGCGUAUUUGAGCCGUACCCGAUGCGCGACACCGUCCAGCACUUCUGCGAGAAGCAUUUGGACAAGAUCAAAGCUUACAUGGAUAAUGUUUCGCUGAGGCUGCCGCCGCCCGCCAAGUGUACUAUCGAAGAGCGGCGCUCGAAGAAGCACGCGCGGCUGUCGUUCGCGUGCGGCGGGCGCGGCGCGCACUGCCUGUUCUCUGCGGCGCCGUUCUGCGUGCGCACCCGCGCGCCCCGCGUGUGGGUGCACCUCAUGUUCCUGGCGCUGCAGGCCCGCCACGCCGCGGCGCUGUCCUCGCGCGACCCCACGCUGGCCAGCCUCAAGCACUGCUGGGACAUCCUCAAGUGCGAGAACAAGACCUUCCUCACGCUGGUCACGGGCGCCUUCCCGCCGCUCAAGGACCAGGACUUGUUGGUGGACGAGCUGCGGGCCGCCGGCUUCUUCGAUGUGUUCGAGCGGGACUCCCGCGGCGCCUGGGGCUGCUUCCUGUGCACGCGGCCCGAGCGCGCGCUGCCCUUCCUGUCGCCCUGCGCCGCGCCCGUCAUCGAGGGCACGCUCAAGGAGAAGAAGGGCCGCUGGAGGAUCUUCCGUCGCUGGCGCACCAGGUACUUCACGCUCUCCGGCGCCCACCUCUCCUGCAAGGGAUCUAGCGGCGGCGAAAGUAUCGACAUCAAUCAGAUCCGGUCCGUGAAGGUGUCGCGCGGCGCCCGCAACAUCCCGAAGGCGUUCGAGAUAUUCACCGGGGACCAGACGCUGAUACUGAAGCCGAAGGACGGCAAGAACGCCGAGGAGUGGGUGCAGUGCCUCAGCAUCGCGCUGGCGCACUCGCACGCGCGCGACGCGCCCGCCAAGGCCAACAGCCUGCCCGCCAGGGGCGUCACGCUCAAGAGCUUCUAAACGACGCACGCGCACCCGCAACCGGACCCGCACCAGCGCCCGCGCCCGCAGUACACACACUAACAGACUGACAAAAGUAAUCAACGUUGUAUAUAUAAUAAAAAUCAGACUUUAUAAGUGCUAACACAAGAAACUGGAAGUCAUAAUGGCGUUUAUUGCGUACAAAGCUCUACACAAAGCUCUACAGCUGGUUCGCUAAAUAAAAUUAACCGUUAAAAUAAUCACAGUUGCGGCCCAGUGGCUCUCGUCGCCUCGACGUAACUAACUCUGUGUUCAAUCGUACUUAAUUACAUAUUUUUCAAAGACUGUAGAAUAAACUCGAUUUCACCGGAAGAGAUUGUUUAAGCAAAUGAAAGUUUUUAUUUAGUUAUUCUUAGUUUAAUUAUUCGGUUGUGUAUAUAUUGACCGCGUAUUGCGAUUUAUCAAUUUAACGUUUUGUAGAAUAAGAUAAUGUACUUAAUUUUUGUGUAUACAUACUUACAUUUGUCUGUCAAUUUGUCCGUCCCUAACAUUAAACGAACAUUAUCAUUUUAAAGUUACAUAUUUCUAGUUUUACGAAAUUUAAUGUAUAUAUUAUGUAAUAACAUUAUGAAUGCCAUUCCCACCCUUCAAUCGAUUUAUAUUGAAAAGCUGACGUCACGUUUGUGAAAACAAAAAUCAAUAUAUUUUAUCCGAUGAAAUAUGUGAAAAAAUAUGUAAAGAAAAAAUAUUUACUAAUUAUAAUUAUAUAAGCAUAUUUAAGAAUGCUUUUUUUGCCUUUGAAGACAAACGAUACGUCUCGCCUGAUGAUUUGCUUAUCAUCACUGUUGUUCAUGGACAGCAGCACUAUCAAGUAGCGGUCUACCGUUGAGGACUCUCCGCAAACCUCAUUGAAUGUUUUAUAAAACAAUAAGCCUCGAUAAGAAAGGUAAUUUGAAUUUUCUUUCAAUAGCAAGAAAACACAUUAUACAAUAUAGUUGGAACAACCUCUCCUGACCGAGUCCUUGUGAGCACCCGUCCUAGUCUUUGACUAGCCCAGCCGUAAAUACCUAGGAAUAGCCGCGAUCCGUCCAUUCCAAAAAAAAAAAAAAACUUAUGGAAAAAAUACCGUUUAA